AUGCUUGUCGGUGGAACUGUGGCAUAUAGAUCUACACUCAAUGCUGUUUUGUCGGCAUGUUCGGAGUUGGAGUUACCAUUGCUGGGGGUGCAGUUGCAUUCAUGGGUUAUACAGUCUGGAUUGGCUUUGGAUGUCUGUGUUGGAUGCAGCUUGGCAGACAUGUACGUGAAGUUUGUAGCUGGUGGAUCGCUUCAUGAUUCGAGAAAGGUCCAAGUGAGGCCAAACCAUUUUGCAUUUGCUAGUGUUCAUAAGGCAUGUGGAAGUACUCGUGAUGUUGAUAUGGGGAUACAAAUAUAUGCGCUAGCUAUAAAAUUGGGCUUUGCCGGUGAUACUUGCGUGGAUAAUUCUCUCAUUAGCAUGAAUUCUUGGUCAGGCCACAUGGAAGAUACUCAGAGAGCUUUUGAUGUGCUAUUUGAAAAGAAUUUGAUUUCUUCUAGUACCUUUGUGGAUGCCUAUGCCAAAAGUUUGGAGUCUGAUCAAGCCUUUGAACUACUGCAUGAGAUUGAGAGAGGAAUCGGAACAAGUGCUUUUACAUUUGCCAGCCUUUUAAGUGGAGCUGCCUGUAUCAGCGCUAUUGGUAAGGGGAGGCAAAUCCACACGAGGAUGGUAAAAUCAGGGCUGGACUCAAAUCAAGUCAUUUCCAAUGCUUUGGCACCAUGUAUUCAGGGUGUGGAGAGAGAGAACAUUAGAGCUUGGACUACAAUGAUCACUGGUUUCCCAAAACAUGGAUUUGUGGCGAGAACUCUGGAAACAUUCUGUAAAAUGCUUGAGGCUGGUGUGAGGCAAAAUGUGAUCACCUGUGUUGCUGUUUUAGCCUAUUGUAGCUCUGUGGGUUUGAUUUCUGAUGAAUAA